CUUUCGCCCCUCUAACAGGAAGAGAGAAAAACAGUAAGCCCAAAGCCAGACAGAGCAGGAACGGCUAUCAAUUCUAACAACGCAAUGACAUUGACUUGGGGUGUCUGAAGCUGGCCUCAUGUUUAUGACCUCUUGAAAACAACUGGGGCCAAAAUAACCUGGGUGUCUUCAGACUGAGUCAGGGAAAAGUCUUGGGAAAGGAUGAUCUCCCACCAGCCAUGGUACCAUGGCAAUAUCACUCGGUCUACAGCAGAGGACCUCCUCUCAACAGCAGGCAAAGAUGGGAGCUUCCUCCUACGGGACAGUGAAUCCAUACAAGGAGCUUAUGCCCUUUGUGUUCUGUACCAGAACUGUGUUUAUACCUACAGAAUAUUACCAAAUGAAGAGAAAAAGUUAUCAGUGCAGGCAUCUGAGGGUGUGCCCAUUAGAUUCUUCUCUGCACUGCCAGACCUGGUGGAGGCAUACUAUAAAGAGAACAUGGGUCUGGUUACACACCUUCAGUAUCCUGUGCAGAAGGAGGAGGAGCCAGAGGAGGAACCAGAGCCAGUCAGUUUACCUCCUCAGCUUCCACCCAGAAAUUUCACACCUAAUGAAUGUAAAGAUUUCCAAAGUGACAUGUCCAGAGGAACAGAGAGAGGAAUGGAGCUUACCCGCCCCUCCAUCUCAGACACCUAUAUCCAGCGUCUGCAGCAAAUGGACAUAUCAAAUCUAUCCGUGGACCAUCAGAAGUCCAUCCAGGAAUAUUUCCGCUCAUCUCUGUGUCUAGAUGCAGAGCAGGUGCAGAAUGGAAACCCUACUCUGCCCAAUUUUAAGAAGCUCACACUGAGUAUCUGCAAAAACCUCAACAGUGAAAUUGCCCGCACGAUUCCGAGCCUUGAGGCACUGCAGAGAGUUCUGGAUCAGCCUCUCUCUCCUGGAUCUGGGAGACUACGGAGUCAGGUUUCUGGAGAUUCUAUGAAUCAGUCUGUAGCUUUCAGACUUGAGCAACUGACUGAGCUUAUAUAUUCAGUAGAAGAGAAGACCAAGAAUGCUGUGUUUGAAUUUGUCGGAUAUGAUGGAGGGCACAGAAAGUCACUUAUACCUCCUGUGACAUUUGAAGUCAAAUCGGAAUCCAUUGGUAUUUCAAACAAAAUGUUCCUCAAAGUAGAUAUGGAAGGCGGGAAGGUUUACUUCAAGAAGUCCAAAGAUGGACCCGAAGAUAAAUACUAUGUGCACAAUAAAAUCUUGCAGCUGGUGAAGUUAAAGAAGAUGCAAAACAGAUUAGUAUUGGUUGUGGAGACAGAGAAGGAAAAAACCCAGCGCAAAGACUUUGUCUUUAAUGACACAAAGAAGAGAGAAGGCUUCUGCCAGCUUCUGCAGCAGAUGAAGAACAAACACUCAGGAAAACCUGAGCCGGAUAUGAUCACCAUCUUUGUUGGCACAUGGAACAUGGGAAUAAUGAUUGAGUGUUUGAAGCAGCAUGGGACUUCACACUGCUCCAGUGAUCUAUUGAAAAUCUGUGUGAAGAUGGGGGCCAGCUGGUUAGCACAGGAUCGAAGACAUGCUGGAAAUGCAAGUCCACCACACAACAUCACUUCCUGGUUCCAGUCAAAGGGUCAGGGAAAAACCCAUGAUGACACAGCCAAUCAAAUCCCACAUGAUAUCUAUGUCAUUGGGACACAGGAGGACCCAUUGGGAGAGAAGGAAUGGAUAGACAAUGUUAGGGGAGCCCUUAGGAAUAUAACCAACAUUAGCUUCAAACAUAUAGCUACUCAAACACUGUGGAGUAUAAGAAUUGUGGUUCUAGCCAAGCCGGAACAUGAGAACCGCAUCUCUCAUGUCUUCUCUGGCAGUGUUAAGACUGGCAUAGCUAAUGCUCUAGGGAAUAAGGGAGCAGUGGGGGUGUCUUUUAUGUUUAAUGGAACCUCCUUUGGGUUUGUCAACAGUCACCUGACCUCAGGAAGUGAAAAGAAGCUGAGACGAAACCAAAACUACAUCAGUAUUCUGCGCUUUCUGAAUUUGGGAGAUAAGAAGCUGAAUCCUUUUGAUAUCACACAUAGCUUCACACAUCUCUUCUGGUUGGGAGAUCUGAAUUAUAGGGUUGACUUGCCAUCACAGGAAGCAGAGAACAUUGUGAUGAAGAUCAAACAGCAGCAGUAUCAGGACCUGCUAGCCAGAGAUCAGCUUAACAUGGAGAGGGAAGAGGAAAAGGUCUUCUUAGACUACGAGGAGGAGGAGAUUACAUUUGCCCCCACUUAUCGUUUUGAGAGAGACACAAGGGAGAAGUAUGCCUACACCAAAGCAAAGGCCACAGGGACAAAAUACAACCUGCCUUCAUGGUGCGACCGUGUGCUUCGCAAAUCCUAUCCUAUGGUGCAUGCGGUUUGCAACUCAUAUGGAUGCACCAAUGAUAUCAUGACAAGUGACCAUUCCCCUGUAUUCGCCACAUUUGACGUUGGUGUGAGUUCACAGUUUGUCUCAAAGAGUGAUCUGUCAAAGGAUGCUCAGGGUGCUAUAAAAUUCAUGAACUGUGUGGCUGUUCUUUUUACUAAAUCAAAGACCAAGUUCUUCAUUGAGUAUCACUCAAGCUGCUUGGAGAAGUUUGUGAAGAGUCCAGAAGGAGAUAAUCAAGAGAAUACAGAAGGCUCAAUAAAAGUACGCUUUGGGGGACAAGUUGAGCUCACCCCCAUCAUUGCAGACCCAGAAUACCUCCUCGAUCAACAUAUCCUCAUCUGCAUUAAGUCCACAGAUUGUGAUGAGUCAUAUGGUGAGGGCUGUGUGGCUCUGCGUUCUGCAGAAUACGCUUACACAGAGUUCUCUAUCAAACUCACACAUCAUGGUGAGCGCACAGGCCUGCUAACAGGUAGCAUUCAGCUUCGCACAUCUGAAGGCAAACAGACAGAGAAAUUGUAUGAUUUCAUUAAAGUUGGAGAUGACCCAGCAGCCAGUAAGAGCAAAACAGGAGAUAAUACCAAAAAACCUUCUUCUCUGGCCACCGAUAUAAGUAACCCCAGUUAUAUGGGUGUAGGCUACAAGAGCAACAACCAGGCAGACAAGGGCACCACCAACAUUAUGUCCCCAAGAACAGGGUCAUCGUCUGGGCAUUCAGUCAAGGAUAUGACACUUGGCAAUCUUUCCCCAAAAAAGACUGGUUAUGACCAUUCUACAUCCAGCCCUACUGGAAAGGCAUCAACUCCUACAACUGAGGAUGGCAGGCCUCCAAAGAUGAUUGACAAUCCCCUUUAUGGCUCAAUGAGUGGAUCACGAGGAGCCAAAGACCACCUCCAUCCUCCAGACUCCUUUCCCAAAACAGACCUUGAUGUCGACUGGCAACCCCCAGUUCCGACCCCUCGGAUCCGCUCCUUCACCUGUUCAGAAACCAAACCCCAGUCACCAUCAACCACAAACAGAAACAAUAGUAGCAGUGGUCUACAACCCCAGAACAUCACCAAGAAGCCUGUGGUGCCUUCUCGCUCUGAAGGGGGCAUGAUUGGUCCUGGCAGGCCUCCGGUGCCAGUGAAGUCUCGCUCAGGUCAGUCACAAGAACCUCAACUAAAGCCCAGAGACUACAGAGACAGCUCAGAACUGCCUUCCAAGAUACGGCCACCAGCCAGACCAGAUCAACCCAAAGAUGUGCAUCAUGAGACACCACAGCCUCUGAAGAUGGGUCGCCCUUUAAAAUGAUUUCCUAUUGAUGUGUCAUGGCAGAAGAGCUUUCAGGGCAUCUUCAUGUCUGAACUUUGAGACUCUGGACUGGACAAAAGACAGGACCUUCCUUACCUCUUGAGUACAAAAAUGAAUAAGUGCAUAAAUAUAAUAAUAAAAAGAACUUAUUUCACAUAUUUUACUUUAAUCAAUACAUCACCAAAAUUACUAGGAUUUAUAUUUUUGCACCAGCAGACACUGGCAGUUUCUUUCCACUCUGUCCAUUUGCUUUACUGUAAAUUUGUUCUGGCAAAGUGAAUCUUCUGUUUUGAUUUAAAAAUUAUGAUGAUGAUGAAUAUUUCACAGUUUGAAUGUAACUAUAAAGAGAGUCUUAACAUCCA